AUGCUAGCUUGUGAACUCUUGCAUCAUACUCAGUUGUUACCACAAUUUGUAUUUGUAAGUUGUGUUGUAACUUCUUACUAUGGAGUGUUCUUCAAUUUGUUAUCCAACGGAUUACUUUCUUUGAACCGAUUUUGUGCGACGUUCGUUUGGUAUACCACGUACUUUAACAAUGCAUGCAUCAAAAUCUACUUUCUGAUCAUUUCGGUUGUUGCCCUUGUUGCCACUUUGCCAGGUGGAAUACUGAUGUUCAUUUAUCUUUUCAAAGAUUACAGUUUAGCAGCUCAAUAUGGAAAAACAGGUCUUGAAUCAUUUAACACUCAUCGAUCCAUUAUUAUUAGCAUGAUGAUAUGCGACGGAUUGGUUGGUUGUGUGACAAGUUUAUCUACCAUUUACCGAUUGAGAAAGUAUAAAAUAAACUACGACAAGAGCCUCCUUCUGGUAACCACAUUGCACAUUUUCCCAGAUACAUUGGUCACUUUGUUCAAUUUAGAUAUGAUAUUUCAAGUGACAGGCGAAUCAAAAUAUAUGAAUGAACUGAGCAGGAUGUUCCUCGUUUUCUUGGUAUCGUUCAACAGCUUGACAAUAGUUUGCACUAACCGCCAAAUUCGACAAGAAUAUUUCAACUUAUUGUUAUCAUUGAGACAGAUUUUCUGGUGCAGUAGUUCUGUCAGGAACACAUUGACUAACCUGACAACAGUGUCCAAAGAACGAGUUACCGUAUUCUAA